GUGAAGGGUUUUGAAGGGAAGGCGCUUGCACUUGGAUCCAGGAGUGGCCGCAAAGGCAGUUCAGGGGCUCAAGGAGGGGUCUCAAGGGGAUCAGACUGAGGAGAGUGGAACAUGAUUACACUACAUGGGUGGGAAAACCUGUGACCCCUGCAGAUGUUGUUGGACUCCAACUCCUAUCAGCCAGCAUGGCCAAUAGGCGCAGGAAUGAUGGGAAUUGCCACAGGUCUCCCGCCCCGCCCAUAUCAUAUUGGCUAUAGUCGACCAUCACUUCCAGAAAAGGGAGGGCCAGUAAAACAAUGGAUGGAUGGAACCGCCCAAGGAAAUGAAGAGCUCUUCAUCCUUGCAAGUCUUUGAGGCCCGAGUCUACAGUCCGGGGUCUGCUGGGAUGCUUUUAUGCAAGGAGAUUCUAUAUUUCUAGGAUUUCACAGUUGCCCUUUCAAGAAAAAGAGGAGGCAGAAAACUUGGGGCGGGGAGGGCACAAAGCAAAGCAGGGUGGACGCGCUUCCUCCAGACCUCUCGAUCGUGCUUGUGCAACAACCCCGUUUCUUGUCCACGCCUGGCAUACUUCAAAAACUUACCCGAGGGAGGACGAGAGCCCUGCUCCUCAAACUACCCCCAGCAGAGGGCGCUCUCCUCCAGCUUGGCUGAGCAUUAGCCGGCAAUUUCACGCUUUGGGAAAGGAGGCGUCUGCAGAGAACUUCUUAGGCUGGGAGCCAACAAGAGCGCUUAUGAAUUACAUCACGGGCUCAUGUGUGUAGCCGCGCAAAUAAAUGCAGCAGCGACCAGGUACCCGGGCAAUAAGAAAAAAAGCGAGAGGAAGGGAAAGAGUUGAGAGGAAGGGAGGGAGGAGGGAAGCGAAAGGAGCGAGCGUGGAGAACCCAGCCGGGAGAGACACACAUGGAGCGACGGGGCGCCUUGCAAGGUUGCAGAACCCUCCUGCCUCUGGGACUGAACUCCUGCUCGGGGGGCAUGCUCUAAAAGCUGCCACCCACCCGGCCGAAUUUCCAAAGCCCUCUCGUAACUUAGCAGAGGCAGGGGUGAAGAAGAAGAAGGGGGAGGAAUGGCCAACCUCGUGGAAAGCAGGGCUGGAAUCCACUAAGACAAGCCCUCGUUUGCUGGCUGCAGGGAGGCAAAGGGGGAGGAAAAAAACAAGCGAACCUCUCUCCCCCCCCCAUCCUCUUAAGCCACGCUCGAGCCGCGGCGCGUUUGCAGCGGAGCGCAGACACACAGACGCUCGCCCCUUGGCCUCGCUUGGUGUGGAUGGCUCGACGUUGACGGGGCAGAGGCUGAAGGAACCGCUCACGGCAGGACUUUGCUAUAGCGGAGGGAUCGCACAACCCUCUCCUCUCCACCCCCCUCCCCGUUCUUCUCGUCGUUUUUUUUUUUUUUUUUUUUGAAACGGAGAGAGGUGCCUGAAGAGAGCUAGUCGGUGGUUUCCAUAGCGAUGGAGCAGAAAGGGCAGGAAAUUUAAAGGCGCUGGAUCCUCGCGAAGCAGACAAACUGGUGCCAACGUGCGCGGCGGCGGCGGCUUUUGCAGGCUUGCAAAGAGAAACGGGAGCUGGAGGAGAAGUUUGCAGAAGCUUCGGUUGAGUGACACGGACACCCACAAAACCCGGAGCCAGAGGAACAAUUGCGCUGAGCCAAAGGAGACUUCAGAUCUCCGCCCGAGGGUUUGGUUUGGGUUUUGUGGUGGGUUUUUUUUCCCGUAUACUCAUCCGAGGCUUUUGCGCGCAGUGAGGCAGCGAAUUGCACCGGGGGACUUAGAGUGGCGCAUCUCGAAGGCGAUCCCUUUUCCCAGCGACGCCUGGCUUGGAUACCCCACCAUCAUUUCCCUCCCUUCCAUCCCAGAGGUGCCCAGCUUCCCCCAUGCGUUUUCUCGGCCUGGCUCCGCGGUGAACCCUCUUCCCCGCUCCCCUCCCCGCGAUUUCUCGCUCUCUCCCUCCGAGGAUGGAUCAUUCCCAGUGGGUUGUGACUAUUUACGCGUCGGUGGUUCUCCUGGGGAUCCGGCUGGAGCAAGGCGCUUGCCAGCACUAUCUCCACAUCCGCCCGGCCCCUAGCGACAAUUUGCCCCUGGUGGAUCUAAUCGAGCACCCGGAUCCUGUCUUUGACCCCAAGGAGAAGGACUUGAACGACACGCUGCUGCGGACCCUCCUGGGCACCCAUUUCGACCCGAACUUCAUGGCGGUCUCUUUGCCCGAGGAUCGCCUGGGCGGGGACGACCUGGCCGAGCUGGACCUGCUGCUGCGGCAGAGGCCGUCCGGGGCGAUGCCCAGCGAAAUCAAAAGCCUGGAGUUUUACGAUGGGGGCCUCCCGGCGAGCAAGAAGCACCGGCUGAGCAAGAAGCUGCGCCGGAAGCUGCAGCUCUGGCUGUGGUCUCAGGCCUUCUGCCCGGUGCUCUACGCGUGGAACGACCUCGGCGGCCGCUUUUGGCCGCGGUACGUGAAAGCGGGCAGCUGCUUCAGCAAGAGGUCUUGCUCCGUCCCGGAAGGCAUGGUUUGCAAGCCGGCCAAGUCAGUGCAUCUGACCAUCUUGCGGUGGAGGUGCCAGCGUCGCGGUGGUCAGCGCUGCGCGUGGAUCCCCAUCCAGUACCCCAUCAUUUCCGAGUGUAAAUGCUCCUGCUAGGGACGGGAGGAGAGAGGGGGGCGAGGGAGCCAUGCGCUGCGCUUCAGUACCCUCGCGCCGCAAAGGAGCGUCUCCCCCCUCUCCUCUCCGUCGGGCUCUUCCUCACCCACCCCUUUCCAAAAAUAAAGCGGACUCCGGUGGACUUUGAUACGCUCAAAAUUACGGACAACGUCGGCCUCCUGGUUCAGCACGUUGCGCUGCACUGUUAACGUGUGGGAGGCUGUAGCUUUGGUAUGCCUGCGAGUGCGCGUGCGCGUGUUGCGAGGUGACAGAAGUGCGCGUCUGUGCGGAUGGCUAAUAGAGACCCCCAUUUGAAACCUCCUGUUCCAGAGAUCAGUGUCACAACGUGGAAUCGCCCUUCUCUACUGUAUUUGAAAGAGUACUCGCCUCGAUCGCCGUGUUAAGGUUAUCUUUUUUUCCCCACCCACCCCCUUUAAUUUAUAUUCCAGAAAGAAGCAUUCGGGGAAUUUCAAAACACACGCCCCCCCAAAAGUUUUUUUUUUUUUUAAGAAACGUGAACUUUUGGUAAGAAAAAAAAACAUUAUAGAUAUAUAUAUAUAAAUAUAUAAAAAGUAUUUUCCAUUCUUCGGAAAAUGUAUGAGUGCGUUGUGUGUGGAUUUUUUUUAUGGACUUCCAGGUACUGUUAUAAUAAAAGCUUAGGACACAUGUUACUGUAUAUAGUGAAUUUUUGUUGUUGGAAUGUCUUUAACCCUCUGUAAAUGGAAGAGAGUCUGCUAUUUAUUCUUUAUAUUCAUUCUCUUGUAGUUAAAAGUUCAGUUCAGAAUUAAAAUCAACCACUAAAACACCUGCCCUGUGGAUUCUCUGUGGUGGGGGGGCUCAAGGUCAGAUUGUGUUGCUGGUGAGGCCUUGAAGUGAUCUUGCUGUUUGUUUUAUUAUAUAUAAAACCCUGCCUUUUUCUCCCAGGAGCUCAGGGUGGCAUAUAUGCUUCUCUACCUCCGCACUUCACUCUCACAACAACCCUGUGAGGUAGGCUAGGCAGACAGAAGGUGACUGGCCUGAGGCCACCCUAGGAGGUUCGUGGCUGACUGGAGAGUUGAACCCGGCCUUACUCUAAUCUCUACACCACACUGGCUGUCUUUAAUCACCUUCCUCUCAUGUU